CGCCGCGCUCGGGGCAGCGCGUACCGCGGGCGGGCGCGGAGCGAGGGACUGUGCUGGCGCGGGCGCAGCCGGUAACGCGGGCGGCGGAGCCCGGCGGGCUUGCGGCGGGAGGGGCGACGGCGCGCUCCGGGCUCUGCCUCCCGGGCACUUGCUCGGCUCUAGGAGUUCCUGGGCAUCCGCCCUGCCGGUGAGACCAGUAGUUGGGACUCCCCGCGCUGCUAGCGACGGGCGCGCGGACCGCAGUCCCAGAAGGACACGGCACUUGGGGACGCCGGCGCGACUGGCCAGAAGAUGAAAGGAAACAGGAAACAUUCAAGUUGGAUUUUUAAAUCAUUGCAAGUUAAUGAUGGACCAGAAAUUAUAGAGUGUAAUCCUGAAUGAAAGACUUCAGUUUUUUUUUUUUUUGCUCUCCAAAUAACAGAGGAAAGAAGAUAUAUCUGCCAUACUAAACUCUUAUCUAGAAUAAAAUAUUCAUAAUAAGAAAUUAUAGGUGGGAAAUUUUAUUUGGCUCUUAGUGUACCUAAUUGAAAGGAAUCAUCACAUUUCUCAAAAGAACUUGUUUAGAACUGAGAUUGUUUCAACAGUCAGUCAUUUUCUAGAAAUCUUGCCAUGAUCAGCAGGGAGGAGAAACAGCAGUAGCUGAAAACUGCAUCCAUCAGGAUGACUUCUGAAGAAAUGGCAGCUUCCGUUCUCAACCCUGUGAGUCAGAAAAAAGUGGUGCCUGCCCAGUCAGCCAUAGAUGAAAAUAGUGAAAAGGUCUCUGACAUCAGUAUUCCAAAGACUCAUACUGUCAGGCAAGGUGGGCAGACCUCUCAUACCAUCUCGCAACAGAACAAGCUUCACGAAGAAUCUUCCGGAAGCCACUUGCCUAAUGUUCUCUCAGUAGCAAGGGAGAAAAUGCUGAGUGAUGAGAACAGUAAUGAAAAGUGCUGGGAGGAAAGUGUGGCAGAUUCUGUGAAAAACCUUAACAUUAACUGCAACCACAUAAUGCGAAACCAUCAGCGCAGCCUUCCUCAGGGCGGCUUUUAUGACAACUCCGUCAUGGAGGAAGGCCUCUGUUUGGAAACUGGAAUUCCUUCUCCACUGGAAAGAAAGGUGUUCCCUGGACUUAAACUGGAAAUAGAUCCACCUCCCAUGAGCAUUAGUCCUUUAGGAAAUCACUCUGAGAUCAUCGAGACCCACGGAAUGCAGCCUGACAGCAGCAUGGCGGUAUUUCAUUUUCAUUAUGAAGUUGACAGAAGAAUGUCAGACCCUUUCCACACCCUAUCCGAAAGCUUAAUUUUGGACGAUUGUGGAAAUUGCAUUCCACUUCCUGGCGGGGGGCAAAAGCAAAAUUACGCAGCUUAUACUUGUAAACUGAUGAAGUUGGCAAAAAGCUGUGAUAACAGGAAUGGGCAGCUGCAGUGUGAGCAUUGGGACACCUUGAAUGAUAAAUACCUGUGCUUUGAGGGCUCUGGCCACAAGGAUGACAUGCUAUGCGCAAGUGAUAGCAUUGGCAGGGGGAGUUUCACUGACAGUCCACCCACCAAGACUUUUUUGAGCCAUUUUGAGGAUUUCCCUGAUAAUUGUGAAGAUACAGAAGAAGACUUUUUUAAAAGCAAAAAGGAGCGGUCCACUUUGUUAGUCAGGAGAUUUUGCAAAAAUGAUAGGGAAGUAAAGAAGUCUGUGUAUACGGGGACAAGAGCAAUCAUGAGAACCCUGCCUUCUGGCCACAUUGGACUAGUUGCUUGGAGUUAUGUUGAUCAGAAAAGAAAUGGCCUCUUAUUGCCUUAUGGGGGAGUCACGGAACCUCUGUCCACAGUGGAGAUAAGGCACGGUGGGGGCCAAUGUGUGUCAGAAGCCCUGUGGUAUACGAUCUACAAUGCAGUGAGAAGAGGAGAAGAAACAGAAGAAACAGUUGGAUCUCUUCUCCAUUUCUUACCAAAGCUCCCAGUCUCUGAGACAGUCCAUGGAAGGAUUAGCAUUGGUCUGUGCUUAAAGCAAUGUGUCCAAGACACUGUGUGUGAAUACCGUGCCACCCUCCAAAGGACUUCCAUAGCUCAGUACAUCACUGGUUCUCUCCUAGAGGCAACCACAUCUUUAGGAGCAAGAAGUGGCCUUCUCAAUACUUUUGGAGGAUCCACAGGACGAAUGAUGCUGAAAGAACGCCAACCAGGCACCUCUAUGGCCAAUUCCAACACCUUCCCUUCAAGUUCAGCUGGGAUCAGCAAGGAGCUGAUUGAUCUGCAGCCCCUCAUCCAAUUCCCAGAGGAAGUCGCCAGCAUCCUGACAGAGCAGGAGCAGAAUAUUUACCGAAAGGUCCUGCCGGUAGACUACCUUUGCUUCUUAACCCGGGACUUGGGCACGCCAGAAUGCCAGAGGUCUCUGCCUUGCCUCAAAGCAUCCAUCUCAGCAUCGAUUCUCACCUCUCAGAAUGGAGAGCACAAUGCCCUCGAGGACCUCGUGAUGAGAUUCAAUGAGGUGAGCUCCUGGGUAACAUGGCUGAUCCUCACAGCAGGCUCCAUGGAGGAAAAGCGGGAAGUCUUCUCCUAUUUGGUGCAUGUGGCCAAGUGCUGCUGGAACAUGGGCAACUACAAUGCUGUCAUGGAGUUCUUGGCUGGCCUCAGGUCCAGAAAAGUCUUAAAGAUGUGGCAAUUCAUGGACCAGUCUGACAUCGAGACCAUGAGGAGCCUGAAGGACGCCAUGGCUCAGCACGAGUCUUCCUCCGAGUACAGAAAGGUGGUGACCCGAGCGCUGCACAUCCCCGGCUGCAAGGUGGUUCCGUUCUGUGGGGUGUUCCUGAAGGAGCUCUGUGAAGUACUUGAUGGAGCCUCAGGCCUCAUGAAGCUUUGCCCGCGGUACAAUUCCCAGGAAGAAGCUUUAGAGUUUGUAGCAGAUUACAGUGGACAAGAUAAUUUCUUGCAACGAGUGGGACAAAAUGGCUUAAAGAAUUCGGAGAAGGAGUCCACCGUCAACAGUAUCUUUCAGAUCAUCAGGAGCUGCAGUCGAAGUCUGGAGACGGAAGAGGAGGAUAGUGCCAGUGAAGGGGACAGCUCCAGGAAAAACUCCCUGAAGGAUAAAACCCGAUGGCAGUUUAUAAUUGGAGAUUUGCUGGACUCAGAAAAUGACAUUUUUGAGCAGGCCAAAGAAUGUGAUCCUCACGGAUCAGAGGAGUCACAGAAGGCCUUUGCUCACGGGACGGAGCUCAUCCCAUGGUAUGUGCUGUCCAUUCAAGCUGACGUGCAUCAGUUCCUGCUUCAGGGAGCCACGGUCAUCCACUAUGACCAGGACACGCAUCUCUCUGCUCGCUGCUUCCUCCAGCUUCAGCCUGACAAUAGCACUUUGACCUGGACAAAGCCCACCACCGCCUCCCCGGCCAGCACUAAAGCAAAACUCAGUGUGCUCAGUAACACGGUCGAGCCUGGCAAGUUCCCGUUACUGGGCAAUGCUGUAUUGAGCGGCCUGGUGGAAGGGGUCUUAGAUCUGUUUUCAGCAAAGGCGGUGUACAUGGGACACCCUGGCAUUGAUAUACACACUGUGUGUGUUCAGAACAAGCUGAGUAGCAUGCUUCUGUCAGAGACUGGUGUGACGCUUCUCUAUGGGCUUCAGACCACGGACAAUAGAUUAUUGCACUUCGUGGCACCGAAACACACAGCUAAAAUGCUCUUCAGUGGAUUGUUGGAACUCACUAGAGCUGUGAGAAAGAUGAGAAGGUUCCCUGACCAAAGACAGCAGUGGCUGCGGAAACAGUAUGUGAGCCUCUAUCAGGAGGAUGGCCGGUAUGAAGGCCCAACCUUGGCUCAUGCUGUGGAGUUGUUUGGUGGCAGACGAUGGAGUACUCGAAACCCCAGCCCUGGGACAUCAGCAAAGAAUGCUGAGAAGCCCACUGUGCAGAGAAACAACACUUUGGGCCUAAGCACCACCAAGAAAAAGAAGAAGACCCUCAUGAGGGGUGAGAGCGGAGAGGCCACUGAUGAUGAGAUGGCGACCCGAAAGGCCAAAAUGUACAAAGAGUGUCGAGGCCGGAGUGGUUCUGAUCCUCAGGACACGAACGAACAAGAAGAAUCAGAGGCGAAUGCCAUCGCUAGCCCUCCCAACCCCCUCCCUUCCAGAAGAGCCCACUCUUUGACUACAGCUGGGUCCCCCAACUUAGCUGCUGGGACGUCAUCUCCCAUCAGGCCAGUCUCCUCCCCUGUGCUGUCUUCUUCAAACAAGAGUCCGUCCAGUGCCUGGAGCAGUAGCAGCUGGCAUGGGCGAAUCAAAGGAGGAAUGAAGGGGUUCCAGAGCUUCAUGGUUUCAGACAGUAACAUGAGUUUUGUUGAAUUUGUCGAGCUAUUCAAAUCAUUCAGUGUAAGGAGCCGCAAGGACCUGAAAGAUCUUUUCGAUGUCUACUGUGUGCCCUGUAACCGGUCUGGCUCUGAGUCUGCCCCGCUCUAUACCAACCUGACAAUUGAGGAGAACACCAGUGACCUUCAGCCUGACCUAGAUUUGUUGACCAGGAACGUCUCAGACUUGGGGUUGUUCAUCAAGAGCAAACAGCAGCUCUCAGACAACCAGAGGCAGAUAUCAGAUGCCAUUGCUGCUGCCAGCAUUGUGACUAAUGGCACUGGGAUCGAGAGCACCUCCCUGGGCAUAUUUGGGGUUGGCAUCCUCCAGCUCAACGACUUCCUAGUGAACUGCCAAGGGGAGCACUGCACUUACGACGAGAUCCUUAGCAUCAUCCAGAAGUUCGAACCUAGCAUCAAUAUGUGUCAUCAGGGAUUAAUGUCAUUUGAAGGAUUUGCAAGGUUUCUGAUGGAUAAAGAUAAUUUUGCCUCGAAAAAUGAUGAGUCACAGGAGAACUUUAAAGAAUUGCAGCUACCCCUCUCCUACUAUUACAUUGAAUCUUCACACAAUACCUACCUCACGGGCCAUCAGCUCAAAGGAGAAUCCUCAGUAGAACUCUACAGCCAGGUCCUCUUGCAAGGCUGUAGGAGCGUAGAGCUGGACUGCUGGGAUGGAGAUGAUGGGAUGCCCAUUAUUUAUCAUGGACAUACACUGACAACCAAGAUUCCCUUCAAGGAUGUGGUUGAGGCCAUAGAUCGCAGUGCCUUCAUCAACUCUGACCUGCCAAUCAUCAUAUCCAUUGAGAACCAUUGUUCAUUGCCUCAGCAACGAAAAAUGGCAGAAAUUUUCAAGACUGUGUUCGGAGAAAAGCUGGUGGCUAAAUUCCUAUUUGAGACUGAUUUCUCAGAUGAUCCGAUGCUUCCCUCACCCGACCAACUUAGGAGGAAAGUACUUCUUAAAAACAAGAAGCUAAAGGCCCAUCAGACGCCAGUGGACAUCUUAAAGCAAAAGGCUCAUCAGUUAGCAUCCAUGCAAGCACAGGCUUAUAAUGGUGGGAAUGCCAAUCCCCCACCUGCCAAUAAUGAGGAAGAGGAAGAUGAAGAAGAUGAAUAUGAUUAUGACUAUGAAUCCCUUUCUGACGACAACAUUCUGGAAGACAGACCUGAAAAUAAAUCAUGUACUGACAAGCUCCAGUUUGAGUAUAAUGAAGAAAUUCCCAAGAGGAUAAAAAAGGCAGAUAACUCUGCUUGCAACAAAGGAAAGGUUUAUGACAUGGAACUGGGAGAAGAAUUUUAUCUUCCUCAGAAUAAAAAAGAAAGCAGACAGAUUGCACCAGAGCUUUCUGACCUUGUCAUCUAUUGCCAAGCAGUGAAAUUUCCAGGCCUGUCAACUCUAAAUGCAUCUGGCUCUAGCAGAGGAAAAGAAAGGAAAAGCAGGAAGUCCAUUUUUGGCAACAAUCCGGGCAGAAUGAGCCCAGGGGAGACAGCAUCAUUUAACAAAACAUCUGGAAAAAGUUCCUAUGAAGGAAUUCGACAGACCUGGGAGGAAUCUUCUUCUUCCCCUCUGAACCCAACCACAUCCCUCAGCGCUAUCAUUAGAACUCCCAAAUGCUAUCAUAUCUCGUCGCUGAAUGAAAAUGCCGCCAAACGUCUGUGUCGCAGGUAUUCUCAGAAACUGAUCCAGCACACCACCUGUCAGCUGCUGAGGACCUACCCAGCCGCCACCCGCAUCGACUCAUCCAACCCCAACCCCCUCAUGUUCUGGCUCCAUGGGAUACAGCUCGUGGCACUCAACUACCAGACCGACGAUCUUCCUUUGCAUUUAAAUGCCGCUAUGUUUGAGGCAAAUGGUGGCUGUGGUUAUAUAUUGAAACCCCCAGUUCUAUGGGACAAGAACUGCCCCAUGUAUCAGAAGUUUUCUCCACUGGAAAGAGAUCUAGACAACAUGGAACCUGCCAUCUAUUCUUUAACUAUUGUCUCUGGCCAAAAUGUCUGUCCUAGUAACAGCACAGGAAGCCCAUGCAUUGAAGUGGACGUCCUGGGCAUGCCCCUGGAUAGUUGCCAUUUCCGCACGAAGCCCAUCCAUCGAAACACUCUGAACCCCAUGUGGAACGAACAGUUUCUGUUCCGGGUUCACUUUGAAGAUCUUGUAUUCCUUCGUUUUGCGGUUGUGGAAAAUAACAGCUCAGCGGUAACUGCUCAGAGAAUCAUUCCACUCAAGGCUUUAAAACGAGGAUAUCGACAUCUUCAGCUGCGAAACCUCCACAAUGAAGUCUUGGAAAUCUCUAGUUUAUUUAUAAACAGCAGAAGAAUGGAAGAAAAUUCCUCUGGCAGUACCUUGCCAGCCUCUUUGAUGUUUAAUACAGAAGAAAGAAAAUGUUCACAGACUCACAGAGUCACAGUGCAUGGGGUUCCAGGUCCAGAGCCCUUUGCUGUCUUUACUAUAAAUGGAGGCACCAAAGCCAAGCAGCUUCUCCAACAGAUUCUGACAACUGAACAAGACACCAAACCUAUCACCACAGACUAUUUUCUGAUGGAAGAAAAGUAUUUUAUAUCUAAAGAAAAGAAUGAAUGCAGGAAACAACCGUUCCAGAGAGCCAUUGGUCCAGAGGAAGAGAUCAUGCAGAUUUUAAGCAGCUGGUUUCCAGAAGAAGGUUAUGUGGGCAGGAUUGUCUUAAAAACCCAGCAGGAAACCAUAGAAGAGAAAAAUAUUGUUCAAGAUGACAGAGAGGUGAUCUUGAGCUCAGAGGAGGAGAGUUUCUUUGUCCAAGUGCAUGAUGUUUCUCCUGAGCAACCUCGAACGGUAAUCAAAGCACCCCGUGUCAGCACCGCACAGGAUGUCAUUCAGCAGACCUUAUGCAAAGCCAAAUAUUCCUACAGCAUCCUGAGCAACCCCAACCCGGGGGACUACGUGCUUUUGGAAGAGGUGGUCAAAGACAUGCCCAACAAGAAGUCUUCUACCCCAAAGUCCUCACAGCGAGUCCUUUUGGAUCAGGAGUGUGUGUUUCAAGCCCAAAGCAAGUGGAAAGGUGCAGGAAAAUUCAUCCUUAAGCUAAAGGAGCAGGUACAGUCAUCCCGAGAAGACAAAAGAAAGGGCAUCUCUUUUGCAAGUGAAUUCAAGAAGUUCACCAAGUCGACUAAGCAGCCCCGAGGACUCCCAUCACCUCUUCAGCUCCCAGCCUCAGAAAAUGUCCAAAACAAGGAGGAGAAACCUGUGGGUGGCUUGUCCAGUGACACAAUGGAUUAUCGACAGUGACGGAGGGCAGCAUGUGCUACCCAGGUGAAGACCUAUCGGCAAGAAGUCAAAGUCAAGAACAAACACGGUGGAAAGAAAUAUAAAAAUAUAAUUUAUUUUCACUAGACUUAAACUGGAAAUCGAUGAUUUAUGAACUGCAGCCUUCUUCACACAAGAUGUGAAGUCCGUAAUGAGGACAAGAUGGCACGAGGCUAGAAGCUACGAACCAAUUUACUGAUGAAUGAAGCAAAGAAGCCCAGGGAAUUGUUGUUUUAUAAAUGUUGGCAGUUGGGAAAACCAUUCCGAGGCUUGCAAUUAUUGACUUAGAGCAAGGGCCAGAAAACUGUCGGUAAAGGGUCACAUAAUAAAUAUUUUAGGGUUGAGGGUUAUAUGGCCUCUGUUGCAACUACUCAGCUUUUGCCACUGUAGUGCAAAAGCAGCCACCGACAAAUAAGUACAUGAAUAAGCAUGGCUGCAUUCCAAUAAAACUUUAUUUAUGAACACUGAAAUUGGAAUUUCAUAUAAUUUUCACAUAUCACAAAUAUGGGCGUGAUUUUUUUUUCAACCACUUAAACAAGUAAAAACUAUUAUAAGUUCAAGGGCCAUACAAAAAAAAGUGGCAGGCUGGAUUUGGCCCAAGGGCCAGAGUGUGCCAACCCAACUUAGAGAACUGGGAACAGGAGGCACAGAGGUCUGGAAACAAGAAAACUAGUUUAGCCAUGUGUUUUAUGACUGAGAAGUGGGAGCUUUUGGGCAUUGCAAAUGUAAAUAUGUCCUAUAACAUAAGAUUCAUUAAAAGUAACUCAACUUAGUUCCUAUAUUGUGUGCUAUUGUGCACUCUUCUUCAGGAUUUCUCUUUACAUGUAGAAACAUUUUUUAAAGGUUAUUGCUCAUAUAUUCACAGAUUAUUCCAUUUUUGGUUUUCACAGAAUGAAUUUAGGAUGAUGUAUAAUUUAAUAUCUACUGAGUCGUGGUGUAUUAACAAGAAACCUAACCAUUUUUUAAAAGCAAAAGCAGAUUGAGUUGGGGUUUGAGGUAGAUUUAUUUAUUUUGCAAGGUUUGUACUGACACUGUACUUAUAUAUUUAUUAGACAUAGCUUUCUUGAUGUGGCUAUGACUUAGAAGCAUUAGUGGUUCUAUCUCACUAUUUGAAGACAAACUGCCUAAAAAAAAAUGUACACUCAGAACAUCUGAGACAGGCUAGACUCCCAUGAAAAAUAGCUUUGUUUCUGAUUAACUAAAGAGCUAUUGAUCCUAGUAUUACUUGGCAUUUAAUGUGAAUUAUUUUUAAAACCUUGCUGUACAAAAUUAUCAGCUAAGUAUAAUGGAUUCUUCUCAUUCUUAGUAUGAAGCAAACUAUGACUUCAAAAAUGAAAUGUUUCUCUAAAGUAAAACCCAAACUUUACCUUUCCAUUGGUUUCAUUAAAUUUUAAGACUUUUUUUCAAAUUAUAAACACAUGAAAAAUCCUAACCUUCGC